AUGAAGUCGCAUCGAAGCUUCCUGGAUUUCAUCGCAUUAACCUGGGUCUUGCUCUCAUCGUAUUGUGUUCCCAUCAGCUCGCAAUCCUCCUAUUUGCCCGUGCACUCUGUACAGCCAUGGCCGACAGCAGGUGAAGGAGGGGCGAUACAGGCAGCUGCAGAUGGAGACUGGAACACAAACUGGGUGGCGAACCCUUGUAGAUCGGGAAGUUGGCGCAUGAAUUCAGUGUUUAAUGCACUUUUUAACGCUUGUGCGGAUGGUUUAUGUAGUGGAAGUUGUGAUUGUCAAAGAUCUGAACUGCAAAAAGCUACCGACAACAGUCAAUAUACAGGGGCUACCAUUGAAGCCAACCAUGCUGCGGGGAUGUCUUGGGCGAUUUUCCCGCUUUCGACAGGGCCAGAGAGGUUGGUUUCAGUGUAUAUUCGCGGUAUUUGGGCAGUCGAUACAAAACUAUAUGUUUUCACAGAAGACCAGGAGAAAGUCUUGUUGAGAACCCUGCAGCCCUCUGACAGCUAUAACGAGAUAAUGAUCUACAAUCUCCCCAACAAACCAAUAAGAUCCAUCCAUAUCAAUGUUGCAAGCAGAGACGGACGAAUGCUGGGAUACUGUUAUGCUGGAGUCGGCGACUGUAUCACUAUCGUAGUCACUGAGAUCGCUGCCCAGAGGAUCGAUUGUUUCGAACAAGUCACGAUGGACCUUGGGGAUUAUUUCUUGAUAAGCUCUCUGCAGGCAGAUUUCUCUGGUUCCACUCGUGCAAACUUGAGCUUCAGCACAGACGGAAAUAAUUUUUGGUUUGUCCAGAACAUUGUUGACAACGUGAUCAAAGGAUACACCUCAGACUUCGUUCCGAACGUGACGGCCCGGUUUGCGUCCGUAAGGUUCGAGACCGAUCCGAGCAGCGUCUGGACGAAAGUCUACGUGAAAGACAUCAAAUUCUUCGGGAAGAAUGCUUCCAAAGAGAGUUGCUUCAAUGGUUGCUCAGGCCAUGGCACCUGCACCGCGUCCCAGGAGAGCUCUCACUGUGAGUGCGAAUCGGGGUAUGGUGGGAUAGAUUGUUCGUUUCCCUCCUGUUCCGUACCCUGCGAAAAUGGCGGACAAUGUGUAGCUGGCAGAUGCAAGUGCCUUCCCGGAUUCGCGGGAACGAAUUGCAACCAGACUCUCUGUCCGUCAGACUGUUCUGGCCAUGGCGUGUGUUCGGAUUCAAUGUGUAUCUGCGAACAGCCCUUUUCAGGAGCCGAUUGCAGGUAUGUGACGUACAACGUAUCCGGCCAUUCCAUCUCGGUCUUGAACUACUCCAUGUUGAUAAAGGACGAGGCAAGGAAAGACCCACACUUAACUUCAUUCUACAAGAGCCAGGAAUCUUCACGAUGCCCGCCGUCACAGCCAUUCCUUUGCAACAAUUCAGCAUGUGUAAAGACGUUGGGCGAGUGCGCUCUCAUGCAUGCUACAGACCCCCCAGACUGGAACCCUGCUUCUUACGUCCCCGUCCCUCUCACCAGACUCAACUCCACCACAGCCUCAACAAGCUCCCAGCCCUCCGAUAGCGGCAAGGUCAUCGACGGCAACGAUGGAAGCGGAGGCUUCUGGCAGAGUGGGACCUGCUACCCGACCGGCUACGUAGGGUACGCGGAGGUCAACAUCCUUCUCCACGCCUGCGAGGAAGCCGGGAGGUGCAACAGCUCCACCAGCGGCAGCCUGGCAGCAGCGACGGACGGGUCGACAUCGAGCGCGGCAUCGGUAUCAGCCGGGGCGAGCGGGCAGGCAUGGCUGGAGGUCAGCCUGCAGAGCGCGUCGGCACUGGUCGCCAUCACGAUCAAGGUGACCUCGAGCGCCUCGACACAGGUAGUCGUCAAGGGGAAGGACGCGGGCGGGAGCUGGGUCAGCUUGGCGACAACGUCAUCGUCGUACACGGUAGCGGAUCUGCGGGUAGGGUCAGGGGCAGGGAGGUUUGUAGCGAUCCGGCUUGAGAGCUCGUCGUCGAUGAACGUGUUCGAGCUGUCGGCCAGGUCGGGCCCAUGCAUGGAGUACGCGACCGUGAGCUUCGAGACGGUGCAGACAGUGUCGGCGAUCUCGAUACGACACUGGGCAGGGUCAACGGCCGGCGUGAACCACACGGUGUACGAGACGAGCCUGGACGGAGAGACAUGGAAGACACUGCGAGACGGGGUCGACCCGUAUCUGAUCGGGGCCCUAGACACGGCCUUGGAGCCGGGGGAGGCGAUGAGGUACAUACGGGUGAGGCACGUGUUGGAGGAGGGAGUGGCGAUGAAGGUGUACGUGUGGGAGAUAACGGCGUGGGGGGAGGCAGGGCGGUGGGGGGAGAAGCCACCAGUACGGGAGAAUGCGGUGGACUUUAGGGAUCUGCUGGGGGUCAACGGCAUCUGGGGUUGGAGUCGGAGCAUGUACUCGUCGAGUAUACCAAGAGGCGAAGGCUUGUGGAUGUACAAGAAUAUGAGCAGGCAUGGGAGGAACUACCACAACUGGAACUGGGACGUGCCUGAUCCUGAUAUUGUCCCUCCAUUCAGCGACAUGGUAGCGCGUGGAUCUACAGACUAUGGUGAAAAUCCUGGUCACUCUAGCAAGCUCAAUCAGGACUGGUUGAAUUGGGACAUAGAGUACACGACAUGGAAGGCUGUUCUCAAAGACGUGAUCACUUGCAUACAGUUCACCAGCGACAUGUUCCCUCAGAGGGUGUGGGAUAGCCCCUACCUCGCUGCUUACCGAUACGGUUUCGCUUUCGCAAAGCAUUUCGGUCGGUCCAGCGGUACCGGCGACGUGUCGACACUUGAGGUCGGCAACGAGCCCUGGAUGGUGCAGAAGGGCUACGAGGACCCGCGCUUCUACAGCGACAUCUUGCUGGGCAUGGCGAGGGGAGCCAAGGAGGCGGACCCGCUGAUGCGCGUGCUGCCGGCAACCUUCGCAGGCGCAAGCGACACGCUGUCUCGCAUCAACCAGACGCACAUCAAGUACCUAGACGGGCUAAACACCCACCUGUACAGCUACGUGCAGACCACGGUAGGGCGGAAGGGAGUACACCCGGAGCAUCCGAUGUCGUCGAUCCACGCGGCGGACUGGAUGUUCCGGUUCAGAGACCGGAACGCCCCCGGGCUGCCGAUCUACUUGACGGAGUACGGGUGGGACUCAGCUGGGGGCGGGGAGACGUGCGACCCGCCGGCAGAGAGAGCGACAGAUCCGCCGUUCCCGGAGUGUGUGAGCGAGCGGAGCCAGGCGAUCUACGCGGUACGAGGAGCGCUGGUGCUGGCGAGGAAGGGGUACGCGAGGCUGACGUGGUUCUUUUACGGGAACUCAGCCAUCUCGCUGCAAGACUGGGACAGGACGAAGGGGCUCUUCUCGAGGUCCGGGCUGGUGAGCUCCGGGAGCGCAGGGUACCAGGAGAAGAUGGCGCUACGGGCGCUGGAGAUCUUCGUGGAGACGCUGGGGAGCAAGCGCUUCCUCGGGGUCGUGCGAGAAGACUCUAGCGCGUACGUGUACGAGCUGGGCGACGCAGGCGGGCGUGUGACGCACUUGGCGGGGUGGCUACCGAUCGACGGAGAGGAGGAGCGGGAGGAGGAGGUGAGCUUUGAGUAUGGGGGAGCGCCAUCGGGAGAGGCAUGGCGGCUGGGGAGCGACGAGUACGUGAAGGCGACGGCUCCAUCAUGGGAUGGUCAGAAGUGGACGGUGAAGCUUUCGGUUUACGUGUAUGUUGUGGCUUUGAACUUUUCUCGCCUUGAUUGUGCCUUGUGCGUGAAUGGAAACUGUGUGAAUGGAACCUGUGUAUGCGACAAAGGGUUCGAAGGGCCAGGUUGUGAUCGCGUAUCAUGUCCGAACUCCUGCUGGCAAAGGGGAACCUGUCAGGCAAACGGAACUUGCAUCUGCGACAAAUACCUCGGAGCAGAUGGACAAGGUCUUUAUCAACUGUGCCAACCGGAGGACUUUUAUCAGAAGGGAAAUUGCAGAGACAGUCCAAUCGAGUUCGACCCUGCACAUGCCUGUGAGAUCGUCAGGUGCCCAAACAAUUGCAAUGGGCAUGGCGAAUGCACAAAACUUGGAUGUGUCUGCAACGUUGGUUGGUCCGGCGAUCAUUGCGACCAACAACCUUGUCCGUACAAUUGCAGAUCUCAUGGAGUUUGCACGAACGGAUCUUGUGUUUGCCGACAAGGAUUCGUUGGUGAUUCAUGCGAGUGGCCCGAUCAAUUCCUACCUUCCCAAGUUUGUGACAACUCCCAUCCUGUCUUGUGCAACAAUGGGAUCUGUUCAAAGUCAAGAGGCGAGUGUGCUCUCAUGCAUGCUACAGACCCCCCAGACUGGAACCCUGCUUCUUACGUCCCCGUCCCUCUCACCAGACUCAACUCCACCACAGCCUCAACAAGCUCCCAGCCCUCCGAUAGCGGCAAGGUCAUCGACGGCAACGAUGGAAGCGGAGGCUUCUGGCAGAGUGGGACCUGCUACCCGACCGGCUACGUAGGGUACGCGGAGGUCAACAUCCUUCUCCACGCCUGCGAGGAAGCCGGGAGGUGCAACAGCACCAGCGGCAGCCUGGCAGCAGCGACGGACGGGUCGACAUCGAGCGCGGCAUCGGUAUCAGCCGGGGCGAGCGGGCAGGCAUGGCUGGAGGUCAGCCUGCAGAGCGCGUCGGCACUGGUCGCCAUCACGAUCAAGGUGACCUCGAGCGCCUCGACACAGGUAGUCGUCAAGGGGAAGGACGCGGGCGGGAGCUGGGUCAGCUUGGCGACAACGUCAUCGUCGUACACGGUAGCGGAUCUGCGGGUAGGGUCAGGGGCAGGGAGGUUUGUAGCGAUCCGGCUUGAGAGCUCGUCGUCGAUGAACGUGUUCGAGCUGUCGGCCAGGUCGGGCCCAUGCAUGGAGUACGCGACCGUGAGCUUCGAGACGGUGCAGACAGUGUCGGCGAUCUCGAUACGACACUGGGCAGGGUCAACGGCCGGCGUGAACCACACGGUGUACGAGACGAGCCUGGACGGAGAGACAUGGAAGACACUGCGAGACGGGGUCGACCCGUAUCUGAUCGGGGCCCUAGACACGGCCUUGGAGCCGGGGGAGGCGAUGAGGUACAUACGGGUGAGGCACGUGUUGGAGGAGGGAGUGGCGAUGAAGGUGUACGUGUGGGAGAUAACGGCGUGGGGGGAGGCAGGGCGGUGGGGGGAGAAGCCACCAGUACGGGAGAAUGCGGUGGACUUUGGGGAUCUGCUGGGGGUCAACGGCAUCUGGGCGUGGGGAGGACAAGGAUGGUCAAAUUUAGCUCGAGAUGGCUGGGGGCCUCGUCGGUAUACGAAGAUGGCAAAACAUGGGAGGAACUACCACAACUGGAACUGGGACGUACCUGAUCCUGAUGUCACGCCUGAUUACGAAAAGAUGUCAUGUGGGUUAGGAACCAACGCAUUGUGGUGGCUCGACUGGAGCUGGGAAUAUCCUGGAUGGAAGGCAGCAGACCUUGAAGUUCAUACCUGCCUUCAGUUCACCAGCGACAUGUUCCCUCAGAGGGUGUGGGAUAGCCCCUACCUCGCUGCUUACCGAUACGGUUUCGCUUUCGCAAAGCAUUUCGGUCGGUCCAGCGGUACCGGCGACGUGUCGACACUUGAGGUCGGCAACGAGCCCUGGAUGGUGCAGAAGGGCUACGAGGACCCGCGCUUCUACAGCGACAUCUUGCUGGGCAUGGCGAGGGGAGCCAAGGAGGCGGACCCGCUGAUGCGCGUGCUGCCGGCAACCUUCGCAGGCGCAAGCGACACGCUGUCUCGCAUCAACCAGACGCACAUCAAGUACCUAGACGGGCUAAACACCCACCUGUACAGCUACGUGCAGACCACGGUAGGGCGGAAGGGAGUACACCCGGAGCAUCCGAUGUCGUCGAUCCACGCGGCGGACUGGAUGUUCCGGUUCAGAGACCGGAACGCCCCCGGGCUGCCGAUCUACUUGACGGAGUACGGGUGGGACUCAGCUGGGGGCGGGGAGACGUGCGACCCGCCGGCAGAGAGAGCGACAGAUCCGCCGUUCCCGGAGUGUGUGAGCGAGCGGAGCCAGGCGAUCUACGCGGUACGAGGAGCGCUGGUGCUGGCGAGGAAGGGGUACGCGAGGCUGACGUGGUUCUUUUACGGGAACUCAGCCAUCUCGCUGCAAGACUGGGACAGGACGAAGGGGCUCUUCUCGAGGUCCGGGCUGGUGAGCUCCGGGAGCGCAGGGUACCAGGAGAAGAUGGCGCUACGGGCGCUGGAGAUCUUCGUGGAGACGCUGGGGAGCAAGCGCUUCCUCGGGGUCGUGCGAGAAGACUCUAGCGCGUACGUGUACGAGCUGGGCGACGCAGGCGGGCGUGUGACGCACUUGGCGGGGUGGCUACCGAUCGACGGAGAGGAGGAGCGGGAGGAGGAGGUGAGCUUUGAGUAUGGGGGAGCGCCAUCGGGAGAGGCAUGGCGGCUGGGGAGCGACGAGUACGUGAAGGCGACGGCUCCAUCAUGGGACGGACGUUCUUGGUCUAUCAAGUUGUCUGUGUAUCCCAUAGUGGUGGAAGUCUUGUCUUCACUUCCCCUCCCCCCUUCCUUGUCUGCCACGUCCAGGUAUCGACAUUGCUCGUACCCUCUUAGCUGGAAGCAGGUCGCAUCGAAUGUCACAGCGCUUGAGAACAGUGACGUCAUCACUGGUGGGAUGGGAGCAUUUCUCAUUCCCGGUUCGAUGGAAGUUUGGUUGUGCGCCAAGCAUCAUCCAUGUGCAAUGGCGAACCAACACUUUUGCUUUGUAUAUGACGAAGUGAAGGAGAGCUUCGUUCCAUGGUACCCCAACCUCUCCUCACUUGACUUGUGUCUUGGAGUGAAAUUUUGA